CGACAACGCAUUUUGCAGCAGCUGAAUUCACUUCACUUCCCACUCGCACUCGUAGGUCCCUCAACUACCACUGCUACUUGUGGUUACUCACGACACGGCCGUAGCGCUAAACGUGUAGUUUUCGGGAUUGGUUCCCCUGCCUCCGGGCUUAGUCCAGAUGGCCUGUCGCGACCUUCUGCUGUCGCUUCUUCUCGCAGCACUUGUGUCGCUCGUCGUCGCCGGCGAUUUCUCCGACGUCGUCGAGCUGACGCCUGACAAUUUCGGGGAUCACGUGGGGAGGGAGAAAGCGGUGUUUAUUAAAUACUAUGCGCCAUGGUGCGGCCACUGCAAGAAGCUGGCUCCUGAUUACGAGAAAUUCGCCUCUGCCUUCAGAAAGACCAGCACUGUUGUCAUUGCCAAGGUCAACUGUGAUGCGCACAAGGAGCUCUGUAGCGAGUACAGAGUGCGCGGCUACCCCACCCUCAAGUGGUUCCCUGCCGGCACCGACCUCCCUGACGACUACGACGGCCGCAGGGAGGCUGCAGACAUGGUCAACUGGGUGAACGACAAGCUGGGCACCAGCGUGCGAGUGCCUGUGAGCACGUCUCACGUGGUGGCCCUCUCACCGGCCACCUUCGACUCUAUCGCUCUGGACCCCACCAAGCACGUGCUCGUUGAGUUCUACGCCCCGUGGUGCGGCCACUGCAAGAACCUCGCCCUGAUUUACGAGCAGGUGGCAGCAGCGUUCAAGUUGGAGAAGAACGUGGUUAUCGCUAAAGUGGACGCAGACGAGCACAAGGAGCUCAAGGACAGAUAUGGCGUAUCUGGUUUUCCCACGCUCAAGUGGUUCCCAGCAGGCGACGGGGCGGAGGAGGAGGACUACAGGGGGGAGAGGGAGCUGCUGGACCUCGUUCGCUUUGUGAACGAGCGGGCGGGCACCCGCAGAAACGUCAAGGGCGGACUCACCAGCUCUGCCGGCCGCAUCGAGUCACUGGAUGACAUUGCGGGUAGAUUCCUGGAAGCUUCAGCCCAGGAGAGGGCUGGUCUCGUGGCAGAGGCACAAGGGGUGAACGUGCCGGCGAAUGUGCAGAGGCACGCGGACCUGUAUGUGAAGGUGAUGCGUAGCGUGGUGGACAAGGGCAAUGAAUACGUGGCAAAAGAGAUUGCUCGACUCUCCAAAGUGCUUGACGGGGAUUUGAAGCCUGAAAAGGCGGAUGACUUCACUAUUCGCAAGAAUAUUCUGUCAGCGUUUGUGACACAUGUUGGUACAGCAUCGAAAUAGGCUGUUUUAAAUCGAGUUGAUCUCCAUUCUUCUGGUGGGAUGUCCCGGGAUAGAGAAUUCGGAGGAAACACCAAUGGACUAUAUGACAUGGAGCGCAAAGCAAAUGGGUUGACGCAUGAUGCUUCCGGGUGCAUGUUCAAUGAGGAACAUGCUCGACUAUUGAUGCACGCUUCACAUUUGCACUUGAUUCACUCUGCAAGCUGAUGUCUGAUACAGUUCGUUUUUUCCUUAAAUAAGCCU